UUAAUGUGUACACAGUUAGUUCUAUCAUGCAACAAUCGAAAAAAAGGUAUUUGAAUCUCUAUGCACAACUUUUUCUUGUGUGAAAUCUCAAAAUGACUCUCCUGCUGGGUCCUCCGGGUGCUGGGAAAACUACAUUGCUUCUAGCACUUGCAGGGAAACUUGACCGUGACUUAAGGUCCUCGGGGAAAAUCACUUAUUGUGGUCAUGAGCUAAAUGAAUUCGUUGCUGGAAAAACUUGUGCCUAUAUUAGUCAACAUGAUAUUCACUAUGGAGAAAUGACAGUGAGAGAGACAUUAGAUUUCUCAGGACGCUGUUUAGGUGUUGGAACGAGGUACGAGAUGCUGGUGGAACUGUCAAGAAGGGAGAAAGAUGCAGGAAUAAAGCCAAACCCUGAAAUUGAUGCAUUCAUGAAGGCCACAGCUAUGUCAGGCCAAAAAUCCAGUUUGGUAACUGAUUAUGUUCUCAAGAUACUUGGAAUGGAUAUUUGUGCUGACAUUAUGGUUGGUGAUGAAAUGAGAAGGGGUAUCUCUGGUGGACAGAAAAAGCGCUUAACUACAGGGGAGAUGUUGGUUGGACCGGCAAAGGUGCUCUUCAUGGAUGAAAUAUCAACAGGGUUGGACAGUUCCACCACUUUUCAGAUAUGCAAGUUCUUGAGACAGAUGGUUCAUAUCAUGGAUGUGACCAUGGUGAUUUCUCUUCUGCAGCCAGCACCAGAGACAUUUGAUCUCUUUGAUGACAUUAUCCUACUUUCAGAAGGCCAAAUUGUAUACCAAGGUCCGCGCCAGAGCGUGCUACAGUUCUUUGAACACAUGGGAUUCAAGUGUCCAGAGAGAAAAGGAGUUGCUGAUUUUCUACAAGAAGUAACAUCCAAGAAAGACCAGCAACAAUAUUGGUCUCAAAAAGAUGAACCUUAUAGAUACGUUUCGACUUCGGAAUUCGCAGAGGCCUUCAGUUCAUUUAAAAUAGGUGAACAACUUGUGACUGAGCUUGGGAUUCCCUAUGAUAAGCGUGGAGUCCACCAAGCUGCUUUGGUAAAAGACAAGUAUGGCAUAUCAAACUGGGAACUAUUUAAGGCAUGCUUCUCAAGAGAAUGGUUGCUCAUGAAGCGUAGUGCUUUUGUUUAUGUAUUCAAGACAACACAGAUAACAAUUAUGUCUAUCAUCACCUUUACUGUGUUCCUUAGAACCCAAAUGCCAGUGGGGACUGUCCAAGAUGGACAAAAAUUCUUUGGAGCACUAUUUUUCACUCUAAUAAAUGUGAUGUUUACUGGAAUGGCAGAACUAGCCAUGACUGUAUUCAGGCUUCCAGUGUUCUACAAACAAAGGGAUUUUUUGUUCUUCCCUGCAUGGUCCUUUGGGUUACCUAUAUGGGUUCUAAGGAUCCCUCUCUUCCUUAUGGAAUCAGGGAUAUGGAUUGUUCUUACAUAUUAUACUGUUGGGUUUGCUCCUGGUGCUGAUAGAUUUUUUCGACAAUUCUUGGCAUUGUUUGGAAUCCAUCAGAUGGCUCUGUCUCUAUUUCUCAUUGCUGCGGUUGGUAGAACACCAGUUGUUGCUAAUACACUGGGUACCUUGACCUUGCAAGUCAUAUUUGUGCUUGAAGGUUUUAUUUUUGCCAAAGACGACAUUGCGCCAUGGAUGAUAUGGGGUUAUUAUAUAUCUCCUAUGAUGUAUGGCCAGAAUGCCAUAGUGAUGAAUGAAUUCUUAGAUAAAAGAUGGAGUCAACCAAAUACAGACCCUAGAAUUGAUGCACCAACAGUUGGAAAAUUACUUCUCAGAUAUAGAGGUUUCUAUACAGAAGAUUAUUGGUUUUGGAUCUGCAUUGGAGCCUUGUUUGGGUUUUCUCUUCUUUUCAAUCUUCUAUUUGUUGUUGCAUUGACUUACUUGAAUCCUUUGAGUGAUUCGAAAGCGGUCAUCGCAGAUGAAGGUGAAGGGAACAAAAUAUCAUCCUCCAAACAGCUUAUCUUUGAAGAGAUGGAAAUGAAAAAUUCUUCAGAAAUUUCCGGUCCUUCGAACCAAGAAGAAAGAAGAGGAAUGGUUUUACCGUUUGAGCCUUUAUCACUUGCAUUCAAUCAUGUUAGCUACUAUGUAGAUAUGCCUGCUGAAAUGAAGAAUCAAGGUUUCAGUUCAGAUAGACUACAACUACUACAAGAUGUGAGUGGUGCUUUCAAACCAGGAAUAUUGACAGCACUUGUAGGUGUUAGUGGCGCGGGGAAGACAACGCUCAUGGAUGUAUUAGCCGGAAGAAAAACAGGUGGUUACAUCAAAGGAAAUAUUAGCAUCUCAGGUUAUCCAAAGAACCAAGCAACAUUUGCUCGGAUUAGCGGUUAUUGUGAACAGAAUGACAUUCAUUCUCCACAUGUUACUGUCUAUGAAUCACUAUUAUUCUCAGCAUGGCUUCGUCUUCCUUCAGAUGUAAAAACAGAAGCACGAAAGAUGUUUGUUGAAGAAGUUAUGGAGUUGGUCGAGCUUAUACCAAUCAAAGAUGCAUUGGUAGGCCUUCCAGGUGUAGAUGGCCUAUCAACAGAACAAAGGAAGAGGCUUACUGUAGCUGUAGAGCUUGUAGCCAACCCUUCAAUCAUCUUCAUGGAUGAACCAACAUCUGGACUUGAUGCUAGAGCUGCAGCGAUUGUUAUGCGAACCUUGAGAAAUACAGUGGACACCGGAAGAACUGUCGUGUGUACAAUUCACCAACCUAGCAUAGACAUUUUUGAGGCCUUUGACGAGCUAUUGUUGAUGAAAAGAGGAGGACAAGUUAUUUAUGCUGGUCCACUUGGUCGCCACUCACAUAAACUCAUAGAAUAUUUCGAAGCUAUCCCUGGAGUUCCUAAAAUCAAGGAUGGUUAUAAUCCUGCAACAUGGAUGCUUGAUCUAAGCUCCAUUUCAAUGGAGGCUCAAUUGGAUGUAGAUUUUGCAGCCAUCUAUGCCACCUCUGACCUUUAUCAGAUGAAUCAAGAACUCAUCAAGGAGCUCAGUACUCCGACCCCAGGUUCCAAAGACUUGUCUUUCCCAGCCAAAUAUUCCCAAUGAUUCUUGGUUCAAUGCAAAGCUUGCUUCUGGAAACAACAUUGGUCGUACUGGAGACAUCCUCAGUAUAAUGCUGUUAGAUUCUUCAUGACAAUACUCAUUGGACUCAUUUUUGGUCUAAUAUUCUGGAAUAAAGCAAAGAACACUCACAAACAACAAGAUUUAAUGAACCUUUUGGGAGCUAUGUACUCUGCUGUGAUCUUCCUUGGAGCGACGAACGCUUCAGCAGUACAACCAGUUGUUGCCAUUGAAAGAACCGUCUUCUAUCGUGAAAGGGCUGCAGGGAUGUAUUCUGCAUUGCCCUAUGCAUUUGGCCAGGUGGCAAUAGAGGCAAUUUACAAUGCAAUUCAAACUGCCAUUUACACUAUUAUCCUCUACUCCAUGAUUGGUUUCGAAUGGAAGGUGGGGAACUUCUUUUGGUUCUACUACUACAUUCUAAUGUGUUUCAUAUACUUCACAUUGUAUGGAAUGAUGACUGUUGCUUUGACACCUGGUCACCAAGUUGCUGCCAUUUGCAUGUCCUUCUUUUUGAGCUUUUGGAACUUGUUCUCUGGCUUCCUCAUUCCUAGAACGCAAAUCCCUGUGUGGUGGAGAUGGUACUAUUGGGCUUCUCCUGUUGCAUGGAUAUUGUAUGGCCUUAUCACCUCUCAACUGGGUGACAAGGAUGCAGAACUAGAGAUACCAGGAAGUGGAACCAUGCCACUGAAGCAACUCCUUAAAGAUGUUUUGGGUUUUGACUAUGACUUCCUUCCGGUGGUUGCUGUUGUUCAUGUAGGCUGGGUGCUUCUUUUCUUGUUAGUCUUUGCCUAUGGCAUCAAAUUCCUCAACUUUCAGAAGAGAUAGUCCAAGCAAAAACCAUAUCACGUUUAUUUAUAUUUUACUAACCAGCAGCUCGACCGUCUUCUAUUGCUAUUAAAUUACAUUAUUCUUUAAAACAAAAAAAAAAGUAACAUAAAUAAACG